GCGCCUUGCGCCGCGGCUGCGAAGCGUUGAGGGGAGAGGCGCCGCCGCCAGCGCCGCGGUGGGACCCGUUAGAGCGGAAGCGCUGCCGUCGCCGCCGCCGUCGCUGUCUCGGGGCUUCAGGCACCCGGCAGGCAGGAGGCGGGAGCCAUGUCGAAGCGGCUCCGGAGCAGCGAGAUGUGCGCCGACUGCAGCGGGCCGGAUCCUUCCUGGGCAUCAGUAAAUAGGGGAACUUUUAUAUGCGAUGAGUGCUGCAGUGUCCACCGGAGUCUAGGGCGCCACAUCUCUCAAGUAAGGCAUCUUAAGCACACGCCGUGGCCUCCAACGUUGCUGCAGAUGGUUGAAACCUUAUAUAAUAAUGGUGCUAACUCAAUAUGGGAGCAUUCUUUGCUGGAUCCUGCCUCUAUUAUGAGUGGAAGACGUAAAGCUAAUCCACAGGAUAAAGUACAUCCUAAUAAAGCGGAAUUCAUCAGAGCCAAGUAUCAGAUGUUAGCAUUUGUUCAUCGUUUGCCCUGCCGGGAUGAUGAUAGUGUGACUGCCAAAGAUCUCAGUAAGCAACUCCAUUCAAGCGUGAGAACAGGGAAUCUUGAAACCUGUUUGAGGCUGUUAUCUUUAGGAGCACAAGCCAACUUCUUUCACCCUGAAAAAGGAAACACCCCACUCCAUGUUGCCUCCAAAGCAGGACAGAUUUUACAGGCGGAGUUAUUGGCGGUAUAUGGAGCAGACCCAGGCACACAGGAUUCCAGUGGGAAAACUCCUGUUGAUUAUGCAAGGCAAGGAGGGCACCACGAGCUGGCAGAUCGCCUUGUAGAAAUACAGUAUGAGCUGACGGACAGACUAGCCUUUUAUCUCUGUGGCAGGAAACCAGAUCACAAAAAUGGACAGCACUUUAUAAUACCUCAAAUGGCAGACAGACGGCUCAGCCUGGAUUUGUCUGAAUUGGCAAAAGCUGCUAAGAAGAAACUUCAAUCUCUAAGUAAUCACUUGUUUGAAGAACUUGCCAUGGAUGUGUACGAUGAAGUUGACAGGCGAGAGACUGAUGCAGUCUGGCUUGCCACGCAAAACCACAGCACCCUGGUGACCGAGACCACCGUCGUUCCCUUCCUUCCGGUCAACCCCGAGUACUCAUCCACACGGAACCAGGGCAGACAGAAAUUAGCUCGGUUUAAUGCACAUGAGUUUGCCACGCUGGUUAUUGACAUUCUCAGUGAUGCCAAGAGGAGACAGCAAGGCAGUCCUCUCUCUGGUUCAAAAGACAAUGUGGAGCUCAUACUGAAAACCAUCAAUAACCAGCACAGUAUUGAGAGUCAAGACAAUGACCAGCCGGACUAUGACAGUGUGGCGUCAGAUGAAGACACAGAUCUGGAAGCCACUGCCAGCAAGGCCAACAGGCAGAAGAGCCUAGAUUCAGAUUUAUCAGAUGGACCAGUCACUGUGCAGGAAUUUAUGGAGGUCAAAAACGCUCUAGUGGCUUCUGAGGCCAAGAUACAACAGCUAAUGAAGGUGAAUAACAACUUGAGUGACGAGCUGAGAAUUAUGCAGAAAAAGCUUCAAACACUGCAGAGUGAAAAUUCGAACCUCAGGAAACAGGCCUCAACCAAAAUAUAUCAGGUGCAAACGGGUUCUGAGUACCCAGAUACUUCCAGCCACUCUUCCUUAAAGCGGCGUCCGUCUGCCCGGGGCAGUAGACCCAUGUCCAUGUACGAGACGGGAUCAGGUCAGAAGGCGUAUCUCCCAGUGGGGGAAGCGAACCACCCCGAAGAGAGCAGGACGAGGCUGCAGCCGUUCCCUGCACACAUCGGGAGGAGUGCACUUGUGACCUCCUCUUCAUCUCUGCCUUCCUUCCCCUCCACACUUUCCUGGUCCAGGGACGAAAGCACCCGAAGGGCGUCCAGGCUGGAGAAGCAGAACAGCACACCUGAAAGUGACUAUGACAACACUCCCAACGACACGGAUGCAGAUGACAUGGGGUCAAGCAGGAAGGGGAGGCAGAGGAGUAUGGUGUGGCAAGGCGAUGGCUCAAUACCGGACAUGGCAGAGCCCUCCAUGGCCCCAAGCCCCAGCCUCCCCAGCACCGAAGACGUCAUCCGGAAAACUGAGCAGAUCACCAAAAACAUCCAGGAACUCCUGCGAGCAGCCCAGGAAAACAAACAUGACAGUUAUAGUCCCUGCUCAGAGAGGAUACACCUGGCUGUUACAGAAAUGGCAGCGUUAUUUCCCAAAAAACCCAAGUCUGACACUGUGAAGACUUCCCUCCACUUGCUGACAUCCAGUGCCUACCGCCUGCAGUUAGAAUGCAAGAAGGCCCUUCCGGGGGACUGCAGCCCGCCCUCGGACAUCCAGCUGGUCACGCAGCAGGUCAUCCAGUGUGCCUACGACAUCGCCAAGGCCGCCAAACAGCUGGUCACCAUCACCACCAAAGAGAACAACAACUGAGUUAUUUUCUGGGCUUUUCAAAGUCCCGUUACAAAUUUAGAUGUGGAACUCGCAAUUUUUAUCAGAAACAAACAUUUAAUGAAAGCUUAAAACUUUUUUGGAAAAAAACCUCAGUAUUAUUUUUGCAUGUUUUCUAACAAAUUUUCAAUUAUUAAUUUAACCCACUUGCCUUAUUUUGUGACUGUUCGCCAGUUUUUCUGAUACUCUGUUGUGCGGUCAGUGACUGUUGAGUUCAUGAUCAUGGACAUCCAAAAGCAUAGCUUUGUUGUUGCAAGUUCAUUAGCAUUUAUCCAGCCCUUAAACCCCCGCCUGUGUUAAAACUCUAAAUGAGAUUUUUUAGUAAAACAUUUUCUUGAGAGAGUUGGGUAAAAAAAAAAAACACAAAUCAACAUUAUCUGUUCCCUACCAAGCAUUGUGCAAUAUAAGUGAAUUUUCUAACUUGUUGCAAAAAUCUCUUAAGUUUGGAGUAUCUCCAAGCAUGUAUGAAGAGGACUUUGCCACUUUCUAAAAAUAGUAUAACGAUUUCUCUUGGAAGGAAACAAUGAAUUGCUCCAUUUCUUUUCACUGUUCUAUCAUGAGAUGUUCUUUUUCUAUCUUGAUCUUCUAUUUUACUAUCAUCCUGAAGUCUCUGUGGCAUCAGAUAAGCACUCAUCCUCCACGUAUGUGUCACUUGGCCACAUGCUAGUAGGGGCAUGGCCAUGUUAUCACACGUGGCCUCCUGCUCUGCCUUAUCACAGGAACCAGACUUUCCUUCCCAGGGCAGCGGCAGGAGCAGCGCCCCCGGCCAUUGCUCCUCCUUCGCACCCUUCCCGCCCGGCCCUGCCCUGGGAGAGAGACCCUCUGCUCCCGGCCUUGUAGGCACCUCUCUCUCAUCCAGAACUCGGUUACUCCUCUGACCACGGAAAGCCUUCUCGAGACCUGCUUCGCAUAGCUCGUCCCCUUUAAGGACUUCUUGUGAGGUAAGCUUAUACAGUCGUCUGGUUUUAUUUCUUUUUCACUACAUUGCUGGUUUUUAAAAGUUCGACCUUAGCUUUCAAGAAUUCCUUAGAGAGUGUUCUGCUGACUAGCAGCUGCCCCAAAGCUACGGAAGCACAGGUGUCAGCUCUGGGGCACGGUCAGGUGUUUCCUCCGCAGCUAGAGACCUCCCUUGACCUGCGUGCUGAGCACAUCCCGUGCCCGCUGACCGCCGCUGUGGGCUCAGCUCCUACCCGGCCCGGAGCCCGGGCCGUAGUGAGGUGAGCGGGGUGAGCGGGUGCGCCGUGGACACGGGCAGCGGGGGCCCGGGCACACCCACGGCGGGCACAGCAGCCCCCAGCUCCACUCGGGCUGCCAGGUGUAAAGUGGGUCCGGGCUGCCAGAGCAUUUAUUUCUCAAAGGACUCCAGGAGUCUGGGUGUUUUUGUGCCAUCUCUGUUUAUAAUGCUGGUGACGACUCAGACAUUUCACAGCACGUGUGGGCGAGUGCUGGCCUCACGCGGCAAACUGGUGCGAGGCGGGCUUCCCUGGUCCCACCUGGGUUAGCCUCUGAGCCAUGCCCGUGCUGGGCCACCCCUUCCUCCCUUUGCCCAAAUAUUCAGCCCCGUAGUGCUCCCUCACACGUGAGGAGGUCACAGCUAUCCAGUGGCCUCAGUGCAUGCUGAACAAGCCUGCCCUGUCAGAGCUGUUGGACUCACAAUCGGCUUUGUAGCCUGUCCGUAAACUGUCACGAAAGGAGCGCCUUGAGGGUGUUUGCUGGACGGAGUCACUGUGUGGACGCUCCUGCCGGGCUCACGUCACCGUCGUUGGGGAAAGGGUCCGUUCUCCAGAAGACUCGUCCACGUGCUGAUCGCCACCCUAAGUGCCAGCUCGCCGAUGCCCAGGGGUGCUCCUGACCAGCCCCCGCCCCGCGGGAAAGCCGCCUCUGCCUGCUGCAGGCCGAGCUGGCCUCUUCUCGCCAACGCCCGCCUCCACGGGUGCGUGGUCCUCAGGAAGGGCCGGCAGCGAUCUGGAGCUGGUGACCGGGCCCGGAGGACCGUUUCCGACCGUCAUCUGCGGUGGGCGAAGACACGACCUGCGGUGAAGGGCUGCUCGGCCCGAGGAAGGCCGGCACGCGCAGAUCCGAGCGCGGUUGUAAGAACACCGCGGGGUUCGCCGUGGGCAGCGAUGCCAGGAUCCGGGAAGAAGUUCCAGGUGGCGAGACGCACGGUGCUAGGAGGCCACCAGCUUCCUCCUCUGCACCCCGUUCCUCAGCCUCAGCCUCAGGAGGCCCAGCAGGCUGUCCUGGGCGGACGGCACCGUGUCUGCACGACGCUCACCGCUUUUUGCACAUGGGUCCCACAGCCUUGCACUAAUGUCUGUCCUAAUGUCGUGUUCUCCCUGUUGUCAGUCCCCCUCCCCCAGAGCCCGUAGGUCAGGUGCCCUCACACAGCGGGCACUUGGCUGGGGCGGCAGCUCCACCGGCGCUCUGGAACUGAAGGCACCCUGCCUCAAUGCAAAUGGUUCUGAUUUGCCAAAGAGCAGUCGGGCCCACAGGCCUCUGGGCUGGGAGCCGGGUGAGGCUGCCUGUGGUCCCACAGCAGCUGCGAGCUCCCCACACAGCAUCUUCCUUCUGUCCCGGGUGAAGGUCACCCUGUUUUUACAAAAGAAAAUGCUGCAUAGGAAUACUGAGAUGCCUUUUAUGGAAACGUGUUACCGAUGUCACCCUUCCUUCCGCACUUCUCGUUUUUAUUGUACGUUCUAUUCCCGUAAUUAUUGUACAACCCUGUAAGCAUUGUAAAAUUGUUUUGGAAGUUGUGCCUGCUAGUUACGCAAUAAACAGGCUCUGUAACUGUC